AUGUUGGUGGGUGACCCCGAGAGAGGUGCCGGGCGAGAACCGAGUCCAGAGGAGUGAUAGCGCGCGCGCCCGCGGCGUGACGCCUAGUGCCUGCAAGUCCCCCAUGGCCCCGUGGAGCCGAGAGGCGGUGCUGAGUCUCUACCGGGCUCUGUUACGCCAGGGCCGAGAGCUUCGCUACACUGAUCGAGACUUCUACCUUUCUUCCAUCCGCCGUGAGUUCCGGAAAAAUCAGAAGCUAGAGGAUCCUGAGGCCCGGGAGAGACAGCUGGAGAAGGGCCUGGUCUUCCUCCACAGCAAACUAGGGGGGAUUAUUUAGGAUCUUCUCAUUUUCCCUCCUACCUUAAUUCCAAGGGAAGGAGGACAGAGGUGCCUUCCGCCGACACUCCUCUUUUCCAUCCCCCCCCUACAGAUGCAUUAAGAAGCCUCAGGUGAGCAAUGGCAGGCGCUGGUGAGCGCAAGGGCAAGAAGGAUGACAAUGGCAUUGGCACAGCCAUUGACUUUGUGCUUUCCAAUGCCCGGCUGGUGCUGGGGGUGGGUGGAGCAGCCAUGUUGGGCAUCGCCACGCUGGCGGUUAAGCGGAUGUACGACCGGGCAAUCAGUGCCCCGACCAGCCCCACCCGCCUGAGCCAUUCAGGGAAGAGGAGCUGGGAAGAACCAAACUGGAUGGGCUCCCCACGACUGCUGAACAAGGACAUGAAAACAGGCCUAAGCCGGUCCCUUCAGACCCUUCCCACAGACUCCUCGGCCUUUGAAACAGAUACAUUCUGCCCUCCCCGGCCCAAGCCAUUGGCCAGGAAGGGCCAGGUAGACUUGAAGAAGUCACGACUCCGCAUGUCCCUGCAGGAGAAACUUCUUACUUACUACCGGAACCGGGCAGCCAUCCCUGCUGGAGAGCAGGCUCGGGCCAAGCAAGCUGCUGUGGACAUAUGUGCCGAGCUGCGGAGCUUCCUGCGGGCCAAGUUGCCUGACAUGCCACUUCGGGACAUGUACUUGAGUGGCAGCCUGUAUGACGACCUGCAGGUGGUGACGGCUGACCACAUUCAACUGAUUGUGCCCCUUGUGUUGGAGCAGAACCUAUGGUCUUGCAUCCCUGGUGAGGACACUAUCAUGAACAUCCCUGGCUUCUUCCUGGUUCGUCGUGAAAAUCCAGAGUACUUUCCUCGUGGUAGCAGUUACUGGGACCGAUGUGUAGUAGGGGGCUACCUCUCCCCAAAGACAGUGGCAGACACAUUUGAGAAGGUAGUGGCUGGCUCCAUCAAUUGGCCAGCCAUCGGGUCCCUCUUGGACUAUGUGAUCCGACCAGCACCAUCCCCAGAGGCCCUGACAUUAGAGGUGCAGUAUGAGCGUGACAAGCAUCUCGUCAUUGACUUCUUGCCAUCGGUGACCCUUGGUGACACAGUCUUGGUGGCCAGACCACACCGGCUAGCCCAGUAUGACAACCUGUGGCGGCUGAGCCUGCGUCCUGCCGAGACGGCACGUCUGCGGGCUUUGGACCAGGCCGACUCGGGCUGCCGAUCUCUAUGCCUCAAGAUCCUCAAGGCCAUAUGCAAAUCUCGUCCAGCCCUGGGCCACCUCACUGCCAGCCAGCUCACCAAUGUCAUCCUCCACUUGGCCCAGGAGGAGGCUGACUGGUCUCCAGAUAUGCUGGCUGACCGUUUCCUGCAGGCCCUGAGGGGACUCAUCAGCUACUUAGAGGCUGGAGUCCUGCCCAGUGCCCUAAACCCCAAGGUGAACUUAUUUGCAGAGCUCACCCCUGAAGAAAUAGAUGAAUUGGGCUACACUCUCUAUUGCUCAUUGUCUGAGCCGGAGGUGCUGCUGCAGAUGUAGGGCAGGUGAAGGCCAAAGCAGGUGUCGGGUGGUCAGGCCCUGAAUUCUCCGUUAGACAUUCUUGGCUACAUAGUUGGUGCCUCACAGGGUCCCUAGGUGCCUCCUAUCUUGCUGGUCAUCACCCUGGUCACUUCGUGCUGAUUAGAAUGACAUCUCUUAGUCUCCUAUUUUCUCACCCAACACUUUCUAUUUUUGUUACCAAACACUGUGCUCCCUACUUGCCCCCCUUGCUCCAGGUUAAUUUUUCUGCAAUGAAUUGAGAAGGUGGAGUGCUGGUCUGAGCGGAUGAGACCACUCAGUGUUUUGUGUUUUGGCCCAGGUUUCCUGCUUCUGUCUGGUCUGCCCUGCCCUUUUGCCUGUUCCUAUUCAGUGUCUUUUCUGUCUUUUUCUCUCUUGUUCAUGCCUUCUGUUUUGCUUUUGUCCUUGGAGCAUAUCUGCCUAAUUAAGAUGUUGCCUUUUUGUUGAAUGUCACUGAAGAGCUAUGACUGCAUGUUGCUCAGCUGAACUCUGCAGAGUGAGUGUUGAGACAGUAUUUAGGGUUUCUAGGGAUCAGGCUGGCAGAAGAGCUGGCCUUUGACCCUGGUUCCUGGAAAAGAAGUCCAUUCCCCCCGUCUCCUGACCAACUCUCGUAAGUGCUGAGAAUGUCUCUCAUGGGAACACUUACUGACUCACAGGAUAAACUGGAUGCAAAGUUAUCUGAAGCUCGUGUUUCUUAGUGCCCGUCAGCGACAGUGCACAGUAGGGGAACCAGAGCUGGUUAAGGGGCUGGUGGCAGGUUUGUGUGCCCAGUGUCCACACCUCAUCUGUAGCUGCCGGGGUUGGACAGACAAGGAAGGGAUGGGGGCUGCACGGCAGCACCUCACCAGAAAUGCUGGUGUUCAUCCCUUUCCUUGCUUUAUUGCCAAUUAGGACAAGGCCUUGGAAGGAACACAGGCUUAGCAGUAGAGGUUGAAGGAGGUCACCUGAAGGCUUAAUGUCAACUGGAGAAUCUAGUCACUAGUUGGGGCUUGGUGACCAUGUUUUCUCCCUUGACAGGUCCUGCUUUUCUAGGAUGUUGUACUAGAGCAAGAACAGGCCCGGUGGGCAGCCCUUCAUCCGCCAGUGUCUGCCGUAGGAGUGAGACAGGGGUGCUUACUGAGCUCUUCAGGCACUGCCAGAGGCCAGAGGGCAAGUGGACAUGCACAGACCUCUUCCCCUUGUCCUCUCACCCAGCACCUGGGGAGAUCGGUGCUACCUAGGAAGAGAGAGCACAUGGAUAAAACAUAAUGAGAGGGAGGUGGCUACUUCCUAUGUUCCUUCUUGUUUCCUGCUGCUAAAAUUGCACUAUUGCAGUGUAAACAUACCCUGAAGGUGGGGAGGAAUUGUUUAAUACACCAUGUCAGUGUGUCUUCUUG